AUGACCGUUAAGCGCUACGGUCGUGGCCAUGGGGCUGUGACACUGGGAAAACCGGCUCUACAUCCAGCAGCUGUGGAUUUGAAGGGCAAGUCAUAUGAGCUGUUGAGACAAAAUGGAACCAAAUUUUUGAUGGACGAUGUCUAUAGAAACCCAGGCCCCCUUCAGUUUGAAGGUCCUGGGGCUGAUGCAAAGGCCGUAACCCUGUGUGUUGAGGACCAAGAUUACAUGGGUCGUAUCAAGAAAUUGCAGGGACACCUCGAUAAGGUGCGUUCCAUAGUGAAACCAGGGUGUUCUCAAGAUGUUCUUAAAGCUGCUUUGAGUGCCAUGGCUUCCGUGACUGACAUUCUGUCUGUGAUGUCCUCACCUACAAGCGGGAGCACUCCAUACUAAUUAUUCUCACAUCCUUCCUUCAAGAAUCUGUUUGUACGUGUCGUUUCUUGUUUUGCAUGCAAAUCUUACGUAGGCUUAAAAAGAACUAUUAGACUAUGGUAAUAAACAUAAUUUUGUUUCUGUAAUUUUGAGAUUGAAAUAAUGUUUUCGAGGAUUGCCUCUGCCAUGUACGCAAAGAUUUUUGUCUAAGCUGUGAAGAGAAUUAUGUUUUCAACAGAUCUCGUUCUCAUA